AUGGUGCCCGAGUCUGGCUCACCUCACCCCUGCCUGGCAGGAAGAAAGGGCUUUUUGUUCGCUCGCUGGAUUGUCUGGCCGGAAGGAUUUCUGUGGGAGCGGGGCCCAGCCAGGGAGCAGCCUCCCGGGGGUGCUGGAGGCUCCGGCUCCAGCUCCAGCUCCGGCUCCUUCAGGGGACCGUUGCUGUUCGGUGGUAACGCGCCGACCUCUUGGCAUUUGCUGCCUUCGCCUCUUCUCACGGCAGCGGGAACAAGUGGAGUGUUCUGCAGGCGGCUGCGCGAGAAGAAAGGCAGCCUUGUGGCGCCCGAGGUGGGGCUGGCCGGGUCGGGCUGUGCUCGCAUUCCUCCCACAGAGGCCUCUUGUGAGGGGCGCCACUGCCUGUGCCCGGGACUGCCGCGGAGCAGCGCGGGGUGCCCGGACGCACCCGGCCAGCUGCUGUGGCGCUCCUUGCUGCCCUGGAGAGCUGAGGCCAGAGGGGCCGGACACCUGGCCGCAGGAGCCAUGGACGCUUCACACAGGAGUGUGGCCAGCCCGACCCGCAAAGUCCAGACUAUCAUCCAGAACAGCCCCCUGGACCUGAUCGACAUGGGCAAGGGGGUAAAGGUGCAGACAGAGAAGCCUCACUUGGUGAGCCUGGGCAGUGGGCGGCUUAGCACAGCCAUCACGCUCCUGCCCCUGGAGGAAGGGAGGACGGUGAUCGGCUCGGCAGCGAGGGAUAUUGUCCUGCAGGGGCCGGGCCUGGCGCCCGAGCACUGCUUCAUUGAGAACCUGCGUGGGACCCUCACGCUGCACCCCUGCGGGCAUGCCUGCGCCAUCGACGGUGUGUCAGUGCGGCGGCCCACACACCUCACCCAAGGGUGCAUGAUCUGCCUGGGCCAGUCGACCUUCCUCCGGUUCAAUCACCCUGCCGAAGCCAAGUGGAUGAAGAGCAUGAUCCCGGCGGGAGGCCGGAGCCCUGGGGCCACGUAUGGACGGGCAGCAG